CAAAGUGAAGAUCGUUUCAAAGUAAGUAUUUCUUAGUGUCCAUAUGCUCCAAAUAGAUCACAGUACACGAUUUGGGUGGAAAAACGUGAUGACAGUCGUUUUUCUUUUAGUUUGACCGCAAUUCGGAUUGAAUUCCGUUCCGAGCAAAAUUGCUCGGAAGGGCGCUAAUGGCGUUGUUCGUCCCCAGGAUUAACCUUUGGUAGUGCUUGCACUUGUAGCCAAAGUUAAUCUUGAUGAACUAGUGUGAACCAUAACAUGUGUCAGUGUCACAAUUACGAACCGUGAUGAAUGAACUCUCGUGCACCCGGAAGUCAACUGUGUAGUGAGACCUAAGUGGAAAUAAACAAAUCGCGAUCAAUUGAAAAAUGGGUGAUUUCAAGAAUUUGUUGAUCGAAGCUGAGGUUAUAGACCUGCACAGAACAACGGACAAUGGACGAGUAAAGUUUCUCUGUUUUACACGUUUCCAUGACAACGCGAUGAUUUUAGGCGUCAGUGACGGCGUAGACGUUUGGAGACUAGAACUCGACUCUGAUGAACUGGACACCCAUCGCGAUCUCGCAGGUGUCACGAUUGACGCGUAUCUCGUCAAAUUCAGGAAUGGAUUAACUUCAGGAGACUUAUCAGUAGCAAGAAUUGGAAACAAAAUCACCUUAACAGUUGGACAUGAACAAGAUGCAUUAAUGUUUGAUCUUUUUGAAGCCACAGCAGCAGAGAGAAGGACAGAAUUGCAGUCUGUUUUAUUCCGAUUGGCUGACUUAGCAUCAUCACUAGAAACAAAGUUGGCUGCAGCCAAUAAGACGAUAGAUACUCUUAAAUCGCAGAAUGCUAAAGCUGGAGGACUCCAUCAUCUGAUGGACCUUGGCCCAAAGAAAGGAGCAGUAAAGAACAAACCUAAGAAAGUGGGAAUGAGUGUGCUAAACCCAACAAGCAAGAAAAGAAAGGCUGCCCAAGGAGUUGUGUUUGAUUAAAACUGGAAAAAUUAAAGGCAGCUUGCAGAAGUAUUAUUAAAAGGAACUGUAUUUUAACCUUUCAGUUUAUUUUCUUACAAAGUUGAAGCAUGCUGUGUUGUGUAUGUAUCUCAGUAGGGAUCAAAAUUGUGUCAUCUGAAAGGAUCAUAUUAUUGUGCCACUCAUUUGUUUCCAUUGAUAGUGUCAAAACAUAUUUAAGUUGUGUUUCUCUUGGCCGCAAAUCAUUUGUUCAAAUAAAACUUUUUAUUAAAUUAAUGAAUAAAUUAAAAAAAUGUAA